GCAAGAUGCCGCAAGGUUGUAGACCAGUCGUAUGUUUAGCGUCCCUCCAGAAUGAGAAUUGUGAGCAAGAAGCAGAUAAAUAAUUUUUACAUUUUUUUUAUAUAAUUAAUAAAAAUUCGUAAUGGCCGAAUAUCUGGCAUCGAUCUUUGGUACAGAAAAGGAUAAGGUAAAUUGUUCGUUUUAUUUCAAAAUUGGUGCUUGUCGACACGGAGAUAGAUGUUCACGUAUUCAUAACAAGCCAACAUUCAGUCAGACGUGUCUACUACAGAAUCUCUAUGUCAAUCCACAAAAUUCUGCUAAAAGUGCGGAUGGUUCUCAUUGUAAGUAUGAUAUGUUUAUAUAUUUGAUAAUUAUUAUAAUUUUUUUGUUUUUAUUUUUAGUGGUCGCGAAUGUAUCGGAUGAAGAAAUGCAAGAACAUUACGACAAUUUCUUCGAAGACGUGUUUGUCGAAUGUGAGGAUAAAUAUGGAGAAAUCGAGGAAAUGAAUGUUUGCGACAAUUUAGGUGAUCAUCUGGUAGGGAAUGUUUACAUUAAAUUUCGUAGAGAAGAAGACGCGGAGAGAGCAGUUAACGAUCUAAAUAAUCGUUGGUUUGGUGGUAGACCAGUUUAUGCAGAAUUAUCUCCCGUCACCGAUUUUCGAGAAGCUUGCUGUCGCCAAUACGAAAUGGGCGAAUGCACUCGGUCUGGAUUUUGUAAUUUCAUGCAUUUGAAACCCAUUUCAAGGGAACUUCGUCGAUACUUGUACAGUCGUAAAAAAGGAGGAAAAAUUCGAUCUAGAUCUCGUUCUCGGUCUCGGGGACGCGAUCGUAAACGUAGAUCUCGAUCUCGUGACAGAAGAUCCAGAUCGAAGGAUCGUAAAAGACGAGACGAUAAAGGCAGGGACGGACGAUCUGGACGUUACUAAUAAUUAUUCUCUAAUAAGUUUUACAUACAUAAUACGUGCAUUUAAUUCAAACUCUUGAUCAUUAUCAAGUAUCUAUAUUACAUAGUGUGCAAGUUUCAAUCGAUCCUUGCGACCAUGUAAAUUUGACCAAAUGAAACAAAAAGAUUUCUGAAUAUAUUAAAUAUUGUAGAGGAAGCAACGCGAUAAUUUAGACUAUUGUUUUUAUAUUUUUUAUUGAAGGAUAGUAAUCUUGUAGGUAAGAAAAGGGUUUUAUGUUAAUACUAAAUAAUAUGUCAAUGGAACAUGUAGUAAUAAUCAAUGGAACAUAUAGUACAUUAUUAUAGUUACAAAUAUUAAUCAUAAGCUUUUGGCGUGAAUUGUAUAUUAUUAAUUGUGCAAUGUUGCUAAAGAUACGCACAAUUUUGUUUAUACUUUUGUAGAAAGGGAAGAUCACGCAAUACGAUCAAAUUCUGAUACGAAAA